GAUGACGUGAGUUUUCAUGGCUCGUCCCAGAUCCCUACGCCCAACCUUGACGCUUUAGCUAACAACGGCGUAAUUCUUAAUGGCUAUUACGUGUCACCAAUCUGUACUCCUACCCGGGCCUCGUUCAUGACGGGUAAACAUCCAGUCAAUCUAGGGAUACAACACAGCACAAUCUUUGCCACUCAACCCUUUGGUCUACCACUGGGCGAAACCACAACCCCGCAGUACCUGAAGUCUCUGGGAUAUACAACACACGGCGUGGGAAAGUGGCACUUGGGCUUCUUUGAAAAGGAGUAUACCCCAACAUUCCGAGGAUUUGACUCGUUCUACGGAUACUGGACAGGAAAGACUGAUUACUGGACUCACCGAUCAUUUGAAGACUAUUGGGGACUGGAUCUUAGAGAUAACAUGGAGCCAGUCCAUAAUGAGUCAGGCCAUUACAACACAGAGUUAUUUACAGAAGCAGCAGAGAAAAUUAUUGCUGGACACAACCCGUCAACACCGCUCUUCCUGUACAUUGCACAUCACGCUGUGCACUCUGGAAAUAUCCAGGAACCAUUGCAAGCACCAAAGAGGCUGGUUGAUAAAUUUGCAUACUUCUCAUUAGAUGAGAGAAGAACCUAUGCCGCCAUGGUGGCUUCACUGGAUGAGUCUGUUGGAAAUAUAACUAAAGCCCUUAAAACAAAAGGAAUCUUUAACAACUGUGUUGUCAUCUUCACCACAGAUAAUGGAGGAGCACCUGGUGGAUUUGAUGGGAGCCAGGGUUCCAACUAUCCCCUCAAAGGCGGUAAAGAUACGUUGUGGGAGGGAGGAGUUCGUGGAGUUGCGUUUGUUCACAGCAAUAUGAUAGCAAAGAGAGGCCGUGUGAGUGAUGACUUGAUUGACGCCACAGACUGGUUACCAACCUUCUAUCAUCUUGCUGGUGGUGACGUCACAAAGAUCCAGGACAAGAUUGAUGGGUUGAAUGUAUGGGACACCAUAUCACAAGGCGCACCGUCACCAAGAACAGAGAUUCUUCACAACAUCGACCCCAUUCGGAAAUUUGCAGCUAUUCGUGUUGAUCAGUACAAGUUAGUUAUCAAUCAGGAUGCUGUUUUUCGGACCACAUGGCAUCCCAGAUAUGAAGUGCUCGACGAGCUGGGCAGUGGUGUGAGUCGUGCUGAUACUACUGCUGUGGCUCAUACGCUGCCUGGUGCUGUGAUUGACUGCGGGCUCCCCAAGAUCAGGGAGAAUGACUCACUGCAUUGUAAUACUGAUUUGUUUCCGUGUUUGUUUGACAUAAGCAAAGAUCCUUGUGAAUACGAAAAUGUUGCACAUUCUAACCUCGCGGUAGUACGAAAGUUAGUCAUCAGACUUUUGGACCACGAAAAGAAGGCCCUUCCACCUUGGUAUCCUCGGAGGGAUUCUCUCGCUGACCCUGCUCUACUAGGAGGCUCGUGGGGUCCCUGGAAAACUAUUGACAGUUACAUGUCACAGAUUAAAGAUCAACACAGAACUGCAUCAUACACUGAGAAUGAAAUAAAGUUUAACGACAACUCUAAACAUCUGAAUGGAUUCAACGCCCUUCGUAAUAUCACAGAACUCCUGAAAAGGGAAAACACUGUAAGACACAACAAAAUCAUAGCGAGAAAGUAUCCAAACAAAAAGUUUCAACUUCACGACAGCGGAAGUUAAUACCUUUUAGCUUGCAAAACAUACGAACAAAGUUUCCAGACCCCGCGAUCCAUUUGGCUAGCACCAAGAAUCGAGAGCGUUCGGUCACCGCUGAUAGAAAAUGCGCAGGCUCUGGGGACGAGAUCCACUUGCAAGAGCGAAAGGUUGGCAGAGUGUCGGCACGAAUUUUUCUUUCAUAGUAACCGUUUUAUUUAAUGUAUGAAAUAGAUCUAUAAGAUUUAUAUGUCCAGACCUUAUCACAAGUCUCCCCACGUUAGCUUGUGUAACUCUAGAAUCGUGCAAUUAAAAAUUUCCGUUUUCCCAUUCCUCGUAGUGUUCAGUCGUUAUGUUAAGAUAUUUUCUGCGCAUUUGUUUAGACCAAAGCUCUCUUUAACUCACCAUAUACCAUAUUUCCAUCAGUUUUCCAGAUUAAUAGUGUUAGGUGUAUUCCAAUAGCAUGUUUACUAGUCUUGUUAAGGUCUGCUUGGUUUUCAAUUUGGUUACUCGGUCAUGAACGCUUCCUAAUAUAGGACCGAAACAUAAGCAACAAUGCCAAAAGCACUAUGCGGCAGUUCCUUGUUGCUUGAUCCCAAACAAAAAAAUAUACUUCGCGAGAUUUAAAACUUUUCUCAAUAUGUAUUGGUGCAACCUCGUUCCCAGGGUCUCUCAUCUUCCCGCCCCCAGGGUUAUUUUCAGCUCCAAAAACAUUAAACAAGGCCACAAACGCCACCUAACAUAUCUAUAUGCUGGUUGGGUCAUACAGACGAGGCACCAUUGGCAAUCUUACUGGAAAUAAUCAAACAUUUCUAAUACAAAUUGGCUGAGAUAUCUUUCUUCGUCAUAUUUAUCAAAAUUUGGUCGAGUGUAUG